AGACCUUGUCCACAGUCGCCAGUGCUCCAACUCCUCCCAUCCUCCUCCUACUGUGGACGCCUCUGGAUAAGAGCAGAAACGCAUGUUGAAGGAAGCCAUGAAGGCCCAUGAAACCGCAGCAGGUUUACAACUGGUUCCCCUUCUCUCAUCCUCUCCACUUGCCUCUCUCUCGGCCCCACCCCGUCUUCAGGACCCGCCCACCUAUCCUCUGUGACUCCACCCACUUUCAUCUGGCCCGCCCACCAAUCUCAGAUGACCCGCUACUGCCCCACCCCCAUGUCAAGAAGCAACGCAAGAGCAGAUGGACUAGAAACGCAGACAAACUAAAAUGACACUUACCCACCAUUGUCCAUAAUUUAUACUGGAAUAUAGGAGAGUGUAUAUACAUGCGGCUUUGCAAUGAGAAUU